AUGACCAUGGGCGACCAGAUGCAGACGAUGGUGGAGAGCGACGUAGUGGUCGGCACGCACGGCGCCGGGAUGGUCAACGUCAUGUGGACUCGACCUGAGACUCUCGUUGUCGAGAUCUUCCCUCGGUUUCGGCGGCGAUGGGGGUAUCGGAAUUUGUGCCAGUAUCUCGGGUGCUCGUGGCACGAAUUUCGCGGCAGAGAGGAUGUGGCUGUCCGCACGACGGACCCGAACGACAUGGACAAGCGCCUGCGGUACGAAGAGUGGAAGCGGUUCUUCGACUCGCUCUUCCGUGACGCCAUCACAAGAUUGGAGAAGACGGUUGAAGCCAUGUAG